GCAUAUGAAGACGGAUCCAUCACUGCCUAUGCUGCCGCUGUGGACGAAGUUAUCAUACCUCUAUUGGGGAAAACCUACAACUCACCAUCUGAGCUACCACGUGUGAAAACAAGGCCUAGGAAUAAGAAACACUUCUCAAGUAACCCACAGUUGAGGGAGCUAAGCUCCAAGUGUAAAGCAGCCUGGAGAAAGUGGUGUGACGCAGGCUGACCGAGGGUAGGCCCUG